AUGGUGAUCAACAGAAGGCAAUGGUGGUGGCAGCACACUACCCACAUAAAGAACGUCUCCUUCUACGAACACAACAUCUUCACCGCCGUAACCAAAGACCCUGACUAUGUCUCUGCAUGGAUCUCUGAAAUCACCGAGAAUAUCAACGACCACCGUCUAAUAAUCGGUUUAGACACAGAGUGGCGCGCUUCCUUCCGGCGAGGAGAAACCGCGUCGCCAUCUUACAGUUAUGCAUGCCGAGAUGCUGGUGCGGAAUUAUGGUCUGGGACGUAUGAUGGGACGAGAUUGGCAGCGAAUGUGAGGGACGUGGGUGUGGCUGGCGGCGCCGAUGAAUGGUAA